CGCGAGGAGCAGGCGCAAUGCCCCCUCCCGGCAAGCUGGCCGGCCGCCGCGCAUGCGCAGUCGAGACCCUUUCGGGAACGUUCUGUGCCGCCUGUCUCGCUCCAGCCUUCCUCUGCAAGGGAAAUCCUGUCAGGAUGCUCAGAGCUUCUAGUUGAGACGAGUUCUGGCUGUGGGAGCACGAGGGCUGAGCGGACUGCUGUAGGUCUGCCAGGAAGAUCUUCACCCCUGCAGCGCUGCUGCGAGAGUUAGAAACCUGCUGCCUCUCCUCUCUGGUUCUUUUGGUCUCCUGGAGAGGAGAGUGCGCACUUUCACCGCUGUCUCCUGCUCUGCCUGCUCCUGCUUUCAGCAUGGUAAAGAAGAACACUAUCCCCGAGGGGUAAGUAUCCCUCACACUAAGCGAGAGGCAGGAGCGGGCACAGCCCUGCCCUUAGAGAAGGGGCACUCACUGCCCCGGGCACUUUCUUGCCACAAGCAUCUUCACCACGCACUGCCAUGUAAGGUAGGUAUUUUCUCCAAGACAGGAACACAGCCCUUCAUCCCCCAGGUGAGUAUGAUGCUCCAGCCUGUCUGUGAACAUUCUCCUUCAUCAGCCAAAUGCAGUCCCUUCUUCCUAACUUCCUCACCCCCAGAUGCAUACUUACUUGGGGAAAUGAGAGAGUAGUCCAUCCUUCUGACUGCUCAGAGUAAGAAAAGAGCGGAUAAGAUGAGAGCCGGUGGUUGCAUGCACGUGAUCAAGGAACACGCAGGUCCAGACACACGUUAUCCUCUGUCUUUUUCUUUUGGUUUUUGUUUUUGCGAUAGGAUGACAAAAAUGUUCUAUCAGUGAAAAUAAAAAAAGACAAAACAAUGCACUUUUCUACUUGCUUUCUCAUGGCUCGAGUGGGAAUGCAUAUGGGCACCACAGAAUACUCUCAUUUAAAACAAAUGUGGUUCUACUGUUCAGCUCUGUUCAAAAAAAAAAAAAAAAAAGGAAGUCCAAGUUUAGAAGCUUAACCUGUGUUUUUUACUGCUGAUAUCAGAACAGACUUCUUGGUAGGAGGGUAUGCUGAGAUAUAAAGGCAUGUUGUAAUGGGACAAUAACUUGAAAUUAGUAUGAUAUUUUGGGAAAGGUGAACAUUAUCCUGGGAGCUUUACUGAGAACAUUCUUAGGAGGAGCAAUGGCAUACAAAAAGUGUGUUUUCUUGCAAAACAUGCUGGCCUAAAAGCAAUGAAUAGAAACAAACAAUAAGCAAACUUUUAAAAGUAGCUUCUAGAAACUUGGGAUUUUUUUUUAAUAGCAGAGAAAUUCAGGGAUUAAAAUAGAAUAAAAUUUAAGAAAAUAGUAUGUAAGCAUUUAUUUGUUUGAAAGUUUCUGUGAAAAUUUAGUUAACUUGAACACAAAAAGUUGUGCUGAAAGUGGGUUAGGCUUGCAAAGAAUAAUAGAGGAAGCCUUUAAGAAUAACUCCUGCUUGUUUUCUUCAUACUUAGGAAUUAUUCCUAAAAUGUUGUGAAUGCAUCAGGUACUCAUUUUUCCCUUCUUUUUCCCAUGACAUUUGAGCUUGAGGUGCUUUUAGGUUACAUGCAUUUCUUCUGUAAAUAUGGAAGAAGCAAUGGACUGUGCUUCUGGCUUCUCUGAUUAGAAACUAACACCUGUCUAUCUUUCAAGGAGAGGAACAUCUGCUGUAGAGUAAUUGCUUGUAAAGCUAGUGUUACUUUCUAACAAAGCUCAUGAUAACUAAAGUGCUUUCAGCUUUUCCAGAUGCUUACUUUUUAAUACUACUAUCAAAUCAGGCAAGACAUCCACAGUAUGAGGAUUUUGGUAGUAUAAGAGUUAAAGGACUUGUUGGACUGUCAGUGUCAUGCAGCACUGUAUUGAUGUCAUCCUUGUGCUACCGCAGUACAUUGUAGUUCUUCACUGUAAAUUAGAUGAGUAGACCAGGAAAAAAUAGCAAUGAGCACUGGAAAUUAAAUGAAGGAAAUGUCAUUUUAAUCUAGGUGCUGCUGCACGAGCCAUUUACUUGCCCCAGAAGUAGCUGCUGGAAGAAGUAAGAUUGUUGUACACUGUAGCACAGAGACCAGUCCAGGCAAUAUUUUACUAUGGAAAUAAAAUCUCAAUCAUAUCACAGUAUUUUAAUAACACUAAAUAUAACAGUAACUUCUUUUGUUUUGUAACGAUAGUGCAUGAGAAGCCUGGUAGUAGAUAAGCAACAGAAAGCCUACAUACCAGCUUUUUUUUAGGUUGACUUUGUUACUGCCUCCAUUUUUUAUAGAGUUCUUAACAGUUUUAAUCCAGAUUCAUUUAUGCUAAUUAAAGCAGUAUGAUAAAUCUGAAGUUUCAGUUAGGCUUUAGCUAAAGAUAGUACAAAUAAGAAAUAGUGGAUUUUUAAAAAUUGGUCAGCCAAUUACUGUCACCUUUUACAAUGCUAUGUCUGCAGCAUAACUAAAGUUGCCUGUAUAUAAGGGUUGUGUUACAGCACUGAGUAACCUUGCUGGAAUCAGAACUCUGAGUGUACUCAGCACCUGAAGAAGUAUUAAUGGCAAUGUUGCCCCUGGAUCUGCAUUACAAGUCUUAGACCUUGUUCUUCUUGUUCUUGCAUACCUGUCACUUCCCCCUAGCCCAGAAUGCUUGGUGUUAAUGCUUUUUGCACAGCCUUUGCUCGGGGGGGGGGGGGGUGGAAUUAGCCUGGAAGUAACAACUUUCCUUAUUCCUUCAUAGCAAAAAUCAUUUCUCCCUUUUCCCAGUGAAGUCUUGGAGCAAAACUAAGGUGUGCAGUAUCCACUGCAGCCUCAAGCCUAUAAAACAGUGCUGUAGAGGUGAUUUUGUAACAAAAUGAGAUUUCAUAUAAGAGAGGGAUUCAAGCAUCCUGCUCCGCUGCACUUUCCACCAGGAUCUGAAAUGGUAUUGUCCAGUGGUGGUUGCGUACUAUGGUGUUUUAGUAGAGAGUCAGCCAGUAGAAUGUGUUCAAGCUAGAUAACGAGCUUUCACAAAGUGCUGCGAUGGUUUUACAGAGUUACGCAUGUGGUGCAUCAGCAUCCCAAAUCCUCCCGUGAGUAUAAUUUCCUAAAUUCAGGUUCUGUUUUGAAAAGCAUCUGCAGAAAUGCAACCUUAUUAUAUGUUUCCCUUAGAGUCUAAAAAAAUAAUAAUCCAAGGAGUGGAGUAUUUUUAUUAUAAAGACAAAAUUGAAUGAUUUCUACCUAUGUGUUGUGAGCAUACUUCUAAUAGGCUGCAUGAGGUUUGUUUUAAGAAAGCAAAUCCAUCUGUUACUGCACAUCUGAAAUUUUUAGGCAAAAAAACAAGACAGUAAAACAGUGCUUUUCAUUUAAACAAAAAAGGAUAAGCUUAAUAACAAGACAUAAAAACCAGACAUAAAGCCACUGAGACAUUAGCUAACUACAGUCUAUAGUAGCAAUAAUAAUUUUACUUAUUUGACUGGAAGUCAUGAAGGAGUUACAGAAAUUUCAGAGUGAGGGGGGAAUUAUGUUUAAUUAGGGUUUAAUACUUCUCAUCUGAGAUGUGAUUCUCUAAUUUAGAAUGGCUGGCAAAAUUCUGCCUGUGUUCUGAGACUGUCGAUGGAAGUUGGGAAGUGAUGAAGACAAAACAUGAUAGGGAAGUAGGAAAGAUGGAGGAGUUUGACACCAGUUGGGCAGCCUAUACCAGGAACUAGAUUUAUUGCAUUCAAAGUACCUUUAAAAGGGAACAAAAUGUGGAGACUUCAGUUCUUUGGUGGAUUGAGGUACACGGUUGCAAAUUUGCCCUUCUGUAUAAAUUCACUGUAUAAAUUCAUUGUAUAAAUUAAUUUGUGCAAGUUCUCACUUCAGAUACACAGGAAAGAAAAGUUUCUAAGCUCUUUUAAUGUUCAAUGGCUAGACAUAACCAUAGCAAUUAAAAGUAAGUAUUCUGUCUACACUACUGUCUACCGAUUGCACUCUAGUAUUUAUAUAGUAAAAAAAAAAAUUAUUAUUCUGGCAUAUUAGUGCAUAUUACAUAUUCAGUCACCAUUCAGUUCACUUCUGUUAGCAAAGACUGAAGUGGAAUGCUCACAGGGUUUACUUCCUCAGCUGCUUUCCCAGCUUAGGUAUGAUGGAUUGAUUGCUUUGACACCAAAGAUCUUAGUUGGUCAUACUUACUCUUCAUGAUCUUGAAGGAUGGUAUAGUGGCCAUGUGCCUUUCUACCAAAGACUGCCAGAGGAUAGAUCUACUUAUUAGUGGAAAUCAGAUUCAGUAGAUUUGUAAUUAGCUUCUCCACUGUUGGGAUGGGAGAGUUUGUUUGUGUCAUCAGCUCCUGUAAUUCCACUUGAUCCAGCACCAAUUUUUCACAUAGACACACUGCUCUGGGCAGAAUUUGUGCACUCCAUGUAUUUCUAGUUUCCCAUCACUCUAGAUUUCAGAGGAAGGUACUCUGUUGCUAAUUUUACCCUUCCCCGUAGUUCUCUGAUAGCCUGGAAGGAGCUCCACUAGAGAUCAUAAAAAAGGCCGGUGUACUCAGACAACUCCUGCUGAGUUUUUCAGAGAAUCUUAUAUAGUUCUUCAUAACACGUUUAACUGUUCACACAGUGAAGCAAUAUGUUUACAGAUGUCUUAUUUUUGUAAGAUGUAUUUCCAUUUGAUGUUAAGUGUGAGUUCACAUAGUAAAAGAAAAAAAUAUUUAAAGUUCUGUCACAGGCUUCUGCAGGUUAGUAGUUGUCACCUCAAAGUUUGUAAAUUCAGUUUCAAAUUUUAUUAAAAAUUACUUCUGAGUAGUUGAGAGAUAAUUGACUAGUCUUCGUUUUGUUUGGAUGUAGACAAUCUGCUGUUUUUCAGUAGUACACCAAUAUUUGAAAUAUUCAGGAGUGAAUACUUCUGUGCACUUUCUACCCUACUUUUUCAGUGCAAGCUUUCUAAUCAUAUACCAGCUUUGAUAGAUAGGAAUGUCCUGCUGUUCAUUCUUUAGAUAGAAUUCCUCUCUCUGUUUCCAGACUCAACUAAAAGUGCUUGCUAGCAUCUUAGGUUAGAAUCUGUACAGUCAAAAGAUGGAAUAGUUAGUUACCCUAUAGCAUCUGUGGUUCUGAGAGGUGUGUGGUCUGUGGAUGCCUUCCUUUCCAUUAGUUCUGAGUCCAGUCUACUUGAAUUUCUUAUUAACAAAGGAACUGAGAGGUGGUUGAGGCUACUGCAUCUGUUUUGCCGCUGUCUUUAUUGGUGGCGACAGAGCCUGUGUCAAAAGGCUCUCACAGUGGACAGCGCACUAUUCAAAGAAAAUCCAGUUUUGUGCACGAGGCAUUUUCAUACCUAGAGUGGAGAACACAUUUCAAAAACCACAGCUACAAUAGGGCAAUUAACCAGAGGCUUACCCCAACCCAGAAAUUUACACCAAAAGACUUAAUUGCUGCAAUGAAAGCCCUAAAUGUGGAGCUCGGAUUAAUUAUUGAUUUAACGUAUACCACGCGAUACUAUGAAGUUAAGGAUUUACCUAAAAGUGUGCAGUAUAAGAAGCUUUAUACUGUCGGACUUGAAGUUCCUGAUAAUGCUACUAUCCUACAGUUCAAAAAAUGGGUCAGAAAAUUCUUAUGGGAAAAUGCAAGAAAUGAGAAACUCAUUGGUGUCCACUGUACUAAUGGAAUUAAUAGAACUGGCUACCUUAUAUGUAGGUAUCUUAUAGACGUUGAAGGCUGGGAUCCAGAGGCAGCAAUCCAAGCUUUUGGUGAUGCUAGAGGUCAUUGCAUGGAUGGUCUUGUAUAUCUCACAGAUCUCAGAACACAGCCGAUGAGAAGUAACCUUGGAAUGGAUGUAUGGGAUUCAGAUGAAGAUAUCAUUCCCCCACCAAAUGCAACAGAAGGACCCGUGGAGCAAUUCCCAAAUGAAGAUUUUCAGGGGUCUGGGAAAAGAUUAAGAGUUUAUGAUGACAACUCUCAUAAUAAUUUGCAAGGACAAACACAAUUGAGAGAUUUUGAUUUCAUUAAUAAGGGACCUGGACGAAGACGAAGACCAUUUCAUGACCAUCAGACUCAGGAUGAUUUAAGAGCACCAAUGCAGAUGAGAAACUGGGACUACAAUAGAGGACCAGGACGGAGGCAAAGACCAUUUCCUGAUCACCAGUUUUACGAUGAUUACCAAGAAGACAUACAGCUGAAAGACCUAGACUUCAGUAACAAGGGACCUGGACAACAGCUGAGACCUUUUUAUGGACGCCAGUUUCGUGAUGAUUUACAGACAGAGAGACAAUCAAGGAACUUUGAAUUUAACAGAGGCCGUGGGCAACGGCAGAGAUCUUUUCCUGACUGUCCAUCCCACAGCGAUUCACAGGAAGAUAUGAAGUCAAAGGAUUUUGAUUUUGGUAGCAGGGGCCGUGGCCAGAGGCAAAGGCUGUUCCACAAGCACCCAUCUCAUGAUCAAUUUCAGACUCCAGUGCAGCUGAAAGAGUUAGAUUGUGUCAACAAAGGUCCUGGCCAAAGACUGAGAUCCUUCCAUGACUAUCAGUCACAUGAUGACUUACAGCCCCAACUUCAACUGGGAGAUUUUCAAUUUGUUAAUAGAGGCCAUGGGCAGAGAUUGAGACCUUUCCAUGAUCACCAACCUCACAAUGACUUACAAACAGAGAUGCAGCAAAAAGAUUAUGAUAAUAAAGGUUCUGGGCAAAGACGCAGACCUUUUCCUGACCAUCAGCCUUAUGAUGACUUACAGGAACAGCCUCAGUUAAAAGAUUUUGAUUAUGUUAAUAAAGGGCAAGGACAAAAAAGGUCAAGACCUUUCCAUGAUCAUCCUGUUCAAGAUGACCUGCCACAUGAAUGGUGUUCAGACAGAAGUCAAUCUUUUUCUUCCCAUGAAAACGUAUCAGAACCUCAGUUCUCAUCUCCUUCACUUCACAGAGAUUAUGGAUCUGAUAAUGAUGACUUUAACAGAAGCUAUAGUAAUCGAGCAUGUUGUCCAGAAGACAAUAGGAGAGUGCAUCCUUUGGAUGAAUUUAACAGGGGAAAAAACAGAUUUGCACCGUAUUCUUCACGUACAAUGCAUCCAUCCUCAUCUGUACACCAGGAAGAUAGUUCAUUAGACUAUGAAAUAGAAACUUUUGAAGGUGAAACUACUAGAGAAAUGGAACAAAGCAAAAGAUUACCAGUUGUAACAGUUGAUUACAAUUACGGUCUGCCAUUAGAUUAUGGACCUGAAGAGGAAGAGAGAACACCUUAUGAUUUACCUCCAAGAGACCAUUACAACUGGAACUGAGUAAAAAAAAAAAAAAAAAAAAGGCACUGUUUCCUUAGCUUAAGCUUGCAUCAAUCAGCUUUACUUUGUACGUGGACCAGGGUUUUUUGUUUGGUUGGUUUUGGUUUUGCUUUUUUACAUGUUAGGAAAAUGCAAACUCCAGUAGUAGAGAACUGAUCUCUACUAUAAGAUCAGUUUCUACUUCUAUAUUUAUUAGGGUGUAUUUGUUAAGUGUAGUUGGAGACAAGGUCUCAGUAUACAUGGGAUGAAAGCAGUCAUUCCUCUUAGCCAAAUUGAAGCCAUGUACUCUAAACUAUACAACUUUCUGAGUGAUUGUAAUUGUCUUUUAUUUUACAUUUAUUUAAAAUGUAUGUAACAGUAGGAUGCAAAAGUCAAAAUACUGCACCAUCAGGUAGACUACCAUUAAGGUUAUAGAAAAAAAUACUAUCAAAUGAAUGAAACAAAUUUAUGUCAAGUUUGUCUUUUAAUAAUAGCAGCUUGUUACUAUUGCUGACAGUUACUGCUAACGAUGUCUGCGACACUGCAGUUUAAUUCCAGUUUUUCUGUACCAUCAACUGAACUGACCUAGGUGUGCGCAUUUUUUUCCCAGACUGCUAAGAAUUUGGAGGUAACUGGAGUUUUAAUAGUGCAAAUGUCAAACUUGUUUUUCAGCAACCUGAAUAUUCUAUGCUGACUGUGUUGUUUUUUCCUAAUCCCCUUGUAUUAUAAAUGCUUCAGAAUAGCCCAGUGCAGGUGAAUUUCACAGUUUUCUUAGUAACGCAUCCAAACGAGGCAGCUCAUGUAUUAAAAGUGCCUGUCUCAA